AAAUGGCUGGUGGACGGCAAAGAGAUCCUGAACCAGGGGUUGAAGCAAUUCUCAGGAUGCUUCCAGGUUUUCACUGGCGUUGGUCCGAAAAUUGUUAUACCAAAUCGAUUUGCGGAUGAAAUACGGAACGAUCCACACAUGAACUUCGGAAAGGCUUUGUCCGACGAGUUCUUUGGCAAAUACCCAGGCUUCGAGCCAUUCAACAGCUCUGCGGAGAGUACCAUUGUUGCGGAUAUGGUUAGAGGCAAACUUACACGAUCACUUGGUUUGAUUCUAGACGAGCUUUCGGACGAGUCUUCAAAGUCCAUUAAAUACACACUCGGCGAACCUGAAGAAUGGACAGAAAUACCAAUUAAGCUCAAAAUAAUCCAUCUGAUCUCCCGGCUAUCUGCACGCGUCUUUAUCGGCGAAGAGCUCUGCGAGAACGAGGAAUGGCUCACUCUUACUGAAAACUAUACCAUCAAUGCGUUCAUUGCAGCGCGCGAGUUGCGAGAAUGGCCUACAUACAUACGUCCCAUUAUUCACUGGUUCUUGCCCGAAUGCCGCCAGGUCAGACGCGACAUCCGGGAGGCACGCCAGAUUAUCAUGCCUGUAGUUGGGAAGCGCAGAGAACGGAAUCGCAAGGCCCAGGAGGCGGGGCAGCCCACAUCUAAGGUGGCUGAUACAAUUGGCUGGUUGGAUGAGGCGGCCAAAGGUCGCCCGUAUGACGUUGCCAUUGCUCAACUUGGGAUCUCGAUCGCGGCUAUACACACUUCGAGCGAGCUGUUGACAGGAAUCAUGCUAGACCUUUGUGCGAACCCAGAGUACUUCAAGCCGCUUCGAGAUGAGAUGUACACUGUUCUUGGAGAGAAGGGAUGGAGAAAGACAUCUUUGUUUGAGAUGAGGCUCUUAGACAGCGUAAUGAAGGAGUCCCAGAGGCAUCAUUUUGGAGACAUUGCUUCAAUGUCGCGGUUUGUUGAGCAACCCAUCACACUUUCCGAUGGUACCACGAUCCCAAGAGGCGCCCUGACCGUGGUCGCCAUCGACAGGAUGCACGACACGUCCAUUUUUCCAGAGUCCACCGCAUACAAAGGCCGUCGGUUCCUUGACAUGCGCCAGCAGCCAGGAAACGAGAACAAAUGGCAGUUUGUGACCACUUCAGCCGAGCAUCUUGCCUUUGGUCAUGGAAAGCACGCCUGUCCGGGUCGGUUCUUUGCCUCCAACGAAAUCAAAGUCGCGCUGUGUCAUCUACUGUUGAAGUAUGAUUGGAAGCUCCCAAAUGAGGAUCGUCUAGAAGACAAAAUCUUUGGGCAAGAAGCCAUAGUCGAUCCAGAUGCAAAGGUUCUGUUCAGGAAAAGGAUAGAAGAAGUU